AUGCGGUCAUACGGGGUGAAUGUAAAGAAUGCAAGGCGAUUGCAUAAUGCCUUGGUCCAGAAGUUUGGCCUGGAAGUGAGAAUCCCUGUCACUGACUUCGUUCACAUGGAGGGGCCACAUACUGUGACAAUUCCAUACCUGAAACCAUCCGAUCUAUUCGAAACUGUUUUGCUGAAAGAACCAUGGCUACUUCUUGGAGGGUCUGCUGAUGCAAAUUCCCAACAGUUGCUCCAGACUUUCUGGCGAUGCUAUGAAAAAGAGCACCCUGACCAUGAAGUUUUUCUGCAUGGUAGGGACCGGUUAGAUAGAACGGUUCCAGUAACCCUGCAUGGGGAUGGUGGCCGAACCCAGAAAAAACAACCUUUAGAAAUCUUUUCCAUGCAGCCAGUCCUGGGCCUGAACAGUCGAUCGACCAACGAAUCCAACCAAUGCUGCUGCGAGACCUCAGAGCUGUUUGGAGGUGACAACCCUGGGGACCCAUUGGCUCAGCACAUCAACAGUAAGCACAACAGUUAUUUGACGCAUUUUCUUAUCUUCGCAUACCCAUCCAAAAAGUACAAAGACUUCAAAGGUUUGCUGCUGGCGCUGCUUGAAAGGGCGUGCUCCGAUUUGGGCACUUUGUGCGCUACUGGGGUGACUGGCUUUGACAAGGAGAAGUGGUACCCUGCUUGCGUUGGUUUCAAACUAGACAUGGAAUGGAUGGCCAAGAGUGGAUCUUUGACAAGAAGCUAUCAAAAUGUUGGUGAAACCAAAGAACACGCGUGUUGCCAUGAGUGUGAUGCUGGCAUGCCUGGAGUGCCGUUUGAAAAUGUGAAUGCUGAUGCUGAAUGGAUCCCAACUCGUUUCAACACAGUUCCUUGGAGAGUGGAACCACCUUGGAAGAACAACCCGUUUGAUACUGCUAGGCCUGCGAAAUUUCUGCGGAGAGAUGCUUUUCACAUCUACAGGCUUGGCAUACUUCGGAACUUCAUCGGGUCCUGUAUCUACUUGCUCGUCUACAUGGAAUGUUUUACAGUGCAAGGUGAAAGCAAUGCGAUGGCCAAGUGCUUAGAGCGCGCAUGGGGGAACCUAAUGCUAUUCUGUAACGUGCAGAAUUUGCGUGUUGAUGGUGUGCGAGGCUUUACAGUUCUUAACCUACAUGCGUCCAAGGGAGCCUUCCCUUGGCUUGGCUGUAAGGGAUCUGACAGCAUUGUACUUUUGAAAUGGCUAAUCUUUUUGGCGCGCUUGCAUCUGUCUGAUGCUGCUGGCUUGUCUGUUCAGAACCAGCAGGUGCUUUCUUGGAUUGUGAAGGGUGCAAAAGCUGGGCUUUCUUUUUCGCAAGGCAUCCACGGGCAUGGUCUGUGGCUGCGUGGCUCUUGUGUGAAGUUUUUACGCAAUGCAUCGCAGCAAUUUGGAGCUAGCUACGCACAUCUGGCUGCCUAUUGUUUGAGAAAGAAUUGGACCUUCUUUGGGAUGGUGCCAAAGUUGCAUGCAUCAAUGCACUUCAGAACAGAACUGGAUGAUUCUCUUCAGGAAAACCGUGAAUGGACUUUGAACCCGGCAUGCUUCGACAACAGUAUGUCCGAGGACUUUAUAGGGCGUGUGGCUCGACAGAGUCGCCGGAUUUCAUUCAAGAAUGUGGAAAGGACAAUCCUCUCGAGCUACAAAGUCAAGCUCCAAUUUGAAGUUAAAGACUUUAAACGACGACGUGGCCAGUAA